GAUCCCGUGCGUUUUGGCCGAAAUUCCAAGUCAAGCUCAAAAAAAUUUCGUCCGCCAGAGGCCUUUUUGGGCAAAUUUCGUUCCGAACGAAGGAAGAUACGAGCGCUGCCGCCAAGGGCUUCCACCGCAUGCGGAGAUGGGUGGCGGCCCUGUUGCCCGAGGAGCUGGUGGACAGGCUGCUGCAGAGCGGCGCCAUCACCAUCCUGGAGCGGGACAUGGAUGGUGACCUGGUGGAGUUUGUCAGGGUGGAGGGGCCUGCGGACCGGCUGCAGCGGCAGCGGCAGCAGUACCGCGCAAACCGCAAGCAGCAGAAGGGGCGGAAGCGACGGCAGUGGCGACAGCACGGCAGCCGCUGGAAGCACGCGCCUGGCCGCCGCCGCCGCCCCAAUGGACGGCAGCAGGCGGCGACACGUGCGCGGCGGAAGCAGCGCAGCCGCUUCUACAGCUGCUCUGGAGCGGGCCACCGGCAGCAAUGCGGCUACAACGACCGCCGCCGGUGGCAGGAGUGGCAGCUGAACGCCAACCUGGCGCUAACCACCUGGCAGUCGAACAUCCCCAGCACCCGGGUGCUCACUGUCCAGGAGCACGACCUGCGACUGCGGUGGCUCUUCACUGGCCCUGGCGCCGCGCCGCCCGGCCCUGGCCCUGGUGGCGGCGGCGGCGGUGGCGGCGGUGGCGGUGGGCUGCCACUACCACCACCGCUGCCACAGGGGCUGCGGCUGCGUGUAGUGGACAUCCUGGUCCACUACUUCAACCCGCAGCAGCGCAAGAAGCGGCUCGAGGUGUACAUCCGCAAGCAGCGGGUGAUGCACCGAGAGGCCCGCAACUUGACAGGCGGACGGCCCAAGCAGCAGGUGUUGGUGGGCUGGGGAAAUGGCAGCGCGGGGUGGAACUCGCGGAUCAGCCGCAAGGGCCAGCCGCCGCGGAAGGAGUUCGUGCGCCUGCUGCGUGACCACUACGCGGCGCACGUCGUGAUCGUGAAUGAGUUUAGGACGAGUCGGGUUUGCUUUAAGUGUGGGCAUAUGGCGCUGCAAGCCAGGCUCAAACCUGGCAUGCGGAGGGCUCACGGCGUGCAAGUGUGCAACCACUGCGGCACGGGUGGAACCGCGAUGUGAACAGCGCCUGCAACAUGCUCCCGCUGCUCGUCCUGCAACUGCUGCAUGGUGACGACGGCCGGCCGGAGGUGUUUGGAGGCCGGCCGCACGCCGAUGCCGACGCCGAUGGCGGUGACCAGCAGCAGCAGGGGAGAACGAGGACGAGGACGACUAGUCCAGCUGCUGGUUGCAGGCGUGCGGCCCCUGGCGCUGUGGGGAUAGUCGGGCUGUCACAGCGCGUGUGUGGAAGUGAGACGCCAGGGGCUGCAGUUCAUAUCGUGAUAACCCGCCUUUGUGGCGGACAGGGGGGAUGAAGUCCCGCCCUUGGGGCGUGCUAGGAAGACGGUGGAGAGGAGACCCCUACGCCGUGUGGGGAGGUUGGACUGGAUGUGGAGAGACUCGACACAGGGAGAUGCGUGCGCAAUGCCCCGCAGUUUAGAGCAUGUAGAGCAAGCCCCCGCAGUUUAGAGCAAGCCCCCCCCCCCCCCCGCGAUUGCGCCGCUGGGGGCCAUUCCGACGUGACUGUCAACUCGCGAUUUUGCCCGCAUUCUACCCAAAUCCUUUGUCACAUGUGUGAAGCUAUCGUUGAUGAAUGUAAUUGUGAGCAAAU